AUGGGAUAUGGUGAAGGUGAAUCAAAACAAGUCCCAGCUCCCUGGAAGUGGAUUCCAAGGAAAGCAAACAGAGCAGCGGAUGCUGCAGCUUUAGAAGCGAAGAGGAAGAUGUGCGAUGAGGUCUGGAUCAGUAGACCCCCAUCCUCCCUGGUUUUCGUGCUCCAUAACGAUGGUCUUCCUUGUCCUCCACAAGUGUAA